AAUUCUUUUCUUCAAUUUUCUUUCAACCUAACUAAUCCUCCUGUGUUUCAACUUUCAAUCUCGUCUAAAUCUCCGAACAAAACAAGUGAAAAACAUGUACUAGGAAACAUGAAGCUCCGAACACAAGAACAACCUCUGCUACUGUCUUUUGUCUUAUUCUAUGCCGUCAUCUCCACCAUUGGAGAAACCAUCACUAUCUCACCAGGCACGACCCUUUACGCAUCCAACACAACCCAAUCAUGGUCCUCUCCCAACAACACUUUCUCUCUCCACUUCCUUCCUCUUCACUCCCCAACUUCCCCUCCUUCCUUCUUUGCCGCCGUUGUCUACUCCGGCGGCGCACCCGCCGUCUGGUCCGCCGGAAAUGGCGCCACCGUGGACUUCGGCGGGUCCCUUCGGUUCCUUCCCGCCGGGAAUCUUCGGCUUGUUAAUGGGUCGGGUUUCACUGUGUGGGACUCUGGAACUUCCAACAUGGGUGUUUCUUCUGCCACGCUUCAUGAUAAUGGAAACUUGAUUCUCUCCAAUGCCAGUGGUUCCGUGUGGUCAAGCUUUGAUAACCCUACUGAUACCAUUGUGCCGUCUCAGAAUUUCACUGUUGGUAUGGUUUUGCGUUCUGGGUUGUACUCAUUUUCUGUUCUUAAGUCUGGGAACCUUACCCUCAAAUGGAGUGAUAGUGUGCCUUAUUGGGAUCAAGGCUUGAACUCUUCGAUGAGUAUGGUGAAUUUGAGUUCGCCUGUUUUGGGGUUGCAAUCGAGGGGAAUUUUGCAGCUUAUUUAUCAGAAUUUGAGUGCCCCUUUGGUUGUUGCGUUUAGUAGUGAUUAUGAUGAAGGGAGUGACGUGUUAAGGGUUUUGAAGUUGGAUGGUGAUGGGAAUUUGAGGAUUUAUAGCUCUAAGAGGGGUAGUGGGGGUGUGAAUGUGGGGUGGGUUGCUGUUGAGGAUCAAUGUGAGGUUUUUGGUUACUGUGGAAAUAAUGGUGUUUGUAGUUAUAACGAUUCUAAUCCCAUUUGUGGGUGUCUAUCUAAGAAUUUUGAGAUGGUUGAUCCUAGUGAUAGUAGGAAAGGGUGUAAGAGGAAGGUGAGGCUUGAGGAUUGUGUAGGGAAGGUGGCUAUGUUGCAAGUAGAACAUGCUCGAUUCUUGACAUACCCUCCUCAGUUUUUGAUCAAUCCUGAGGUGUUUUUCGUUGGUAUAUCAGCUUGCAGUGGAAAUUGUCUUGCAGCCAGUGCUUGUUUUGCUUCCACUGCCUUGUCAGAUGGAACUGGACUUUGUUACAUUAAGACGACUAAUUUUAUUAGUGGAUACCAUAAUCCUGCUUUACCUAGCACUUCAUUUAUUAAGGUUUGUGGACCAUUGGCUCCAAAUUCAGCACCUUCUCUGGGGAAUGCUGGAGAGGGGAAGAAGUGGAGGGUACGUGCUUGGGUGGUAGCUCUUGUUGUUUUGAGUACCCUUUUGGGUUUCCUUGUCUUUGAGGGUGGUUUAUGGUUGUGGUGUUGCAGAAACAGCUCGGGAAUUGGAGGGUUCGUGGCUCAGUAUGCACUUCUUGAGCAUGCUUCUGGUGCACUAAUCCAUUUCUCUUAUAAGGAGCUCCAAAGAUCAACAAAGGGGUUCAAGGAGAAACUUGGUGAUGGGGGAUUUGGUGCUGUUUAUAGAGGAAUUCUUUCUAAUCAAACUGUUGUUGCAGUCAAGCAACUUGAGGGCAUUGAGCAGGGAGAGAAACAGUUUAGGAUGGAAGUUUCUACCAUAAGUAGUACUCAUCAUCUGAAUUUAGUGAGGCUGAUUGGUUUUUGCUCUGAAGGGCGUCACAGGCUUCUAGUAUAUGAGUUUAUGAAAAAUGGAUCUCUUGAUGAAUUUCUUUUUGUUAAUGAAGAACAACAAUCUGGAAAAUUGUUGAACUGGGGUUAUAGAUUCAACAUUGCCCUUGGUGCCGCUAGGGGCUUGACAUACCUUCACGAGGAGUGUAGAAACUGCAUUGUCCAUUGUGAUGUAAAACCUGAAAACAUACUUUUAGAUGAGAAUUACAUUGCAAAAGUCUCAGAUUUUGGCCUUGCAAAGCUCUUAGGUCCAGUGGAUCAUAGACACCGAACCUUGACAAGUGUGAGAGGAACCAGAGGGUAUUUAGCUCCAGAAUGGCUUGCAAAUCUUCCCAUAAAUUCCAAAUGUGAUGUUUACAGUUAUGGUAUGGUUUUGUUGGAGAUAGUGAGUGGUAGAAGGAACUUUGAAAUCUCAGAAGAAACAAGUAAAAAAAAGUUCUCCAUCUGGGCUUAUGAAGAGUUAGAGAAAGGUAACAUCAUGGGAGUUAUUGACAGAAGAUUGGUUAGCCAAGAAAUAAACUUGGAACAAGUGAAAAGAGUGCUUUUGGCAUGUUUUUGGUGCAUACAGGAGCAGCCAUCUCAGAGGCCAACUAUGGGCAAAGUUGUGCAAAUGCUAGAAGGUGUGACAGAUAUUGAGAAGCCACCAGCCCCAAAAAUCAAUAGCAAUGCCUCUGCUAUCUCCACUAUUGUAACUUCAUCAGCUCCAACCUGCUCCUCAUCUUCAUCUUUGUUGACUUUGGAGGUUUCUCCCUUGGCUUUAGAAGGAGCACAGAGAACAUGAUCUCAUCCCUUUUCAUGUUUAGACCCAACCCAUAGCAUUUUCUCCUUCCUUUUUCAUUUUUUCCUUAAGCUUAAGGAUUGUUUCUAGAUCAUUUGGCAUGUGGUUUGGGUUUGAUUUUGCUCCAUUCUUAAUAUAGCAUGUUUCAAGUCAUAAGAAAUUUAUAAGAAAAUAAUUAUCAUAAUCUAGUGGGUAACUCAUGGGUCCUAUUAAAUAAAAUUAGCUUACUCCCCUAACAGUAGGGCUAAUCUGAAUUUUACUUAAUAAUAAUAAAUUAUUGAAAAAAGGUAUUGAAAAUUGUUCUAAUGGAUUUCUUAUUAGGUAUAGAAUAUAUGCUAGCUUUAUGUUUUACUUCGUAAUUCUUGCUGAGAUCAAAAUUUUGCUUCGCUUUAUUAAAAGAAUUGGCUCACAUUUUUUGAACUUUCCUAAAAAAAAUAUAUGGACUUAAUGUAUUCAGGGCAACUUUUCAAUUUAAUUAGUGAAAUAAAACGUCCAUGGAAGUUAUUUUAAGAGAAGAAAAAUCAAUUUUCUAUACAUUUACUUAAAUUUCUAUCAAGCCAAGUUAACGCAAGCAACAUUUUAAAACCAAAUAUUGAACUCCUGAGACUUGUGAAAGAUGAUUUAAUUAGUUUAACAUAAUAAUUUGUGAUUCAACCGGGUAACAUUCAAUUAGGACACAAUCAACUUAUAAAGUGCAAGUACAAGUGAAACAAAAUUUAUUUUAAUCUAAAAGUUUAAAUUAUUUACGAACUCAAUAAUAAAAAUUCACAUAGAACGAAGAUUUUUAUUACAAACUGAACGAACGCUGUUUUAUCUUAAAUGCUAGCUGAUCAUGAUUAAUUGAUUAUACUAAUUUUCUUACAUACGAUAAUAAACCUGCGAUUAGCACUUGUAAAACCUAAAUACUAAAACCAAAUGGCUUAAAAGGCACUCACUCAUU